AUGGAGGAUCGAGAGGAGCAGGAAGAGGAGGUGUUGGGGUCGAGCUUGACGAUGGAGAAGGUGGCAGCAGCCAAACAGUUCAUAGAGAACCACUACAGAGCUCAGAUGAAGAACAUUCAAGAACGAAAAGAGAGACGAUGGGUGUUGGAAAGGAAAUUAGCUUCCUCAGAUGUGCCAAAGGAGGUACAAGUCAACCUGAUCAAAGACUUAGAGCGAAAGGAAACAGAAUUCAUGCGACUUAAAAGGCACAAGAUUUGUGUUGAUGAUUUUGAGCCUUUGACCAUCAUUGGUAGGGGAGCCUUUGGUGAGGUCCGAUUGUGUCGAGAGAAAAAAUCUGGCAAUAUCUAUGCCAUGAAAAAGUUGAAGAAAUCUGAAAUGCUUAAGAGAGGACAGGUGGAACAUGUUAGAGCUGAAAGAAACUUGCUGGCUGAAGUUGCCAGCCAUUGCAUAGUUAAACUUUACUACUCCUUUCAGGAUGCUGAGUACUUAUAUUUAAUAAUGGAAUAUCUGCCCGGUGGUGACAUGAUGACUCUGCUGAUGAGGGAAGACACCUUAACUGAAAGUGUGGCUAAAUUUUACAUUGCACAGAGUGUACUGGCCAUUGAAUCUAUCCAGAAACACAACUAUGUACACAGAGACAUUAAACCAGACAACCUUCUCCUGGAUAAAAAUGGUCACAUGAAACUCUCGGAUUUUGGCCUCUGUAAGCCUCUUGAUUGUACAACUUUACCUGCACUGCAUGAAAAUAGAACUAUGGAUGAUGAAAAUUUGACAGAACCAAUGGAUAUCGACGUAUGCGUUCCUGAUGCGGAUAAUAGGAGUAGUUGGAAAAGCCCCCGUGAACAGCUGCAGCAUUGGCAGAUGAACAGGAGGAAGUUGGCAUUUUCAACUGUGGGGACCCCCGACUAUAUUGCACCUGAAGUGCUAUUGAAGAAAGGAUAUGGAAUGGAAUGCGACUGGUGGUCAUUGGGAGCAAUAAUGUAUGAAAUGCUUGUUGGUUACCCUCCAUUUUAUUCAGAUGAUCCAAUAACUACAUGCAGAAAGAUUGUUCAUUGGAGAAACCACUUAAAAUUUCCAGAAGAUGCAAGGUUGACAGCUGAGGCUAAGGAUCUUAUUUGCAGGUUGCUCUGUGAUGUUGAAUAUAGGCUAGGUACUGGUGGCGCACAUCAAAUCAAAUCUCAUCCUUGGUUCAAGAACAUUGUGUGGGACAAACUCUAUGAAAUGGAGGCAGCAUUCAAACCAGAAGUGAAUGGGGAACUUGAUACCCAGAACUUUAUGAAGUUUGAUGAGUUGGAGCCUCCAGUGUCAUCAAGAACUGGCUCAGGUCCCUCACGAAAGUUGCAAUUGACUCCCAAAGAUCUAAGCUUUGUUGGCUAUACAUACAAGAACUUUGAUGCUGUAAAGGGGCUUCGCCAAGUUUUUGGUGAUUCAAGAGUAGAUUUUACUAGUGAACGGGCAGCCAAGGAAGCAGAGUUACAUAUGCUUGCGUCAUCUGGUGAUCCCAUUCUGACUGAGAAUUCCGGAACUGGUGUCCUGGCUGCCCAGGUUGGCAAUGUUAUCAUCCUUGCCUUCUCUAGCGGCAGUUUCCAGCCAAAUCAUAAUUCAACUUGGCCAAUUACCAAGAAACUCGGUACUAGUCAUUUUUGA